AUGACCACUUCUAUUUACGUUUCGUUUUUGUUUCAACAAUCCGAAUUGAAAGCGAACGGACCCUUAACUCAUCAGAUCAUCAUCUUCUCGGAAUUCGUAAACCCCAUGUAUGUUCCUUAUGUCAAGUUGGAUAACGUGUCCAUGGUCGAACUUAUUAAGGCGAUACGAAAACGGUUAUGCGAUAACUUUAGCGUGUACUCGUUUUUGGAAGGAUCGUUAAUUAACGAGCAGAACGGCAAGCUACUCCACGCCAUUCCCACCGUGGAGCUCUACGGCGAAAAAAUGGACAAGUACAAGUUUGUGUCCAGCCACGAGGGGGCGAAAAGAGUUUUUUUGGAGGCCUUGAAUGAUUUGGACUGCGAGUACACUCAACUCUCGUCGGACUUCAAAAUCAUUUACGACGACCCGCCGACCAUCUGGACGUUGACCGUGUCCACUGAACACGAUUACCAAGAACUGAGAGUGAUACAGGGCUACGGGGAUAGCGACGAAAAUCAGUGGUUUAUGCAAACAAGCGUUGCGACGACAACGAUCAGAAGCGUCCGGCUCUCUGAAAUAUUGUACACGGCCGAGCACACAAAUAUAAUAAGCCCAAAAAUGAUGCGUUACAAUGACCUGCCGGUGUACAUAGACUCCCAACGGACUUACGAGAAAUUUAGAUUCCCAAGGACGACUAAGACAGCUACGAAAAUCAUGCGAGACAUUAAUCGCGAGAUAGACAAAUCGCAAGUAACUUUAUAUGAACUGUGCUGCAUAUUCCUGGACUGCUUAGUAUUUAUUUUAUUUUAA